AUGGAUGUAACCAGAAAACCAAGUGUAAACUGCCAAAAGCUUUCGGAUAGAGAACAAAACAUGGGCUCGAUCGACAGGCUGAGCAGAUUGCCGGAUGAAGUGAUAUGCCACAUUCUCUCUUUCCUCCCGACAAAGCGCUCAGUGGCGACCAGUGUUCUUGGAAUAAGAUGGAGGUUUGUAUGGGCCCAUGUACCCUGUUUGCAUUUCAGAGGGUUUGAUUUCAGGAAAAAAGGAACACAAGGCUCAGACGAUUUUUCGGAAGAAGGAACACAAGGCUCGGACGAUUUCUCGGAGGAAGAAAGAAAAGACUCGGACGAUUUCUCGGAAGAAGAAAGACAAGACUCGGACAAUUUCUCGGAAGAAGGAACACAAGGCUUAGACGAUUUCUCGGAAGAAGAAACACAAGACUCAAACGAUUCCUCGGAAGAAGAAACAGCAGACUUGUACGAUUUCUCGAAAGAAGAAAAGCAAGGCUCGGACGAUUUCGUGGAAGAAGAAACACAAGACUCGGACAAUUCCUCGGAAGAAGAAACACAAGACUCGGAGGAUUUCUCGGAAGAAGAAACACAAGACUCGGACGAUUUCUCGGAAGAAGAAACACAAGACUCAGACAAAGAAGGAAUACAAGCCUCGGACAUCAUCCACGGGGUUAUAUUGCGGCACAAGACAAAAAGAAUGGAUACUUUAACACUCGAACACAUUAAGUGCAACGAGUAUCAACUGGAGACAUUGAUUACAACCGCCAUCGACCGUGGUAUUCGGAAUCUUUAUCUUGAACAUGACUUGGAUACAUUCCCUCGAUACAUCUUGAACUGCAAAACCAUUGUCGACUUGAAGCUUGAUUUCUGUAGAGCGUCACUGUCUGCUGUGGAGAAUGUCUCAUUGCCUAGCCUCAAGAAGUUUCAUGUUUCUAAUGUUGUGUGCGAGAAUGAUGAAGCCCUCCCUCACUUUCUUUCCGGAUGUCCGUCGCUUGAGGAGUUGAAUAUAGAAUUCACAUCUGUGGAAGAGGGACCAUUUGAUUAUGAUUAUGUUGGCUGCAUAAAUAUAUCAUCACCCACAUUAAAGACGCUUAAGCUCGAUCUUCACGAUUUGACCUCUCCAUUUAACCUUAAAUAUAGGGUGAUAAUAAAUGUCCCGGCCCUUAGGUAUCUCCAAGUGUAUGGCUAUGAUUUGGAGUGUAUAACAGUUCCUAUAACCAUGGUCUCCUUAGUUGAGGCAGAUAUCCGCUUUCAAAGUUGCAAUUCCACGUUGGUGAAGUUUCUUCAUUCUCUGUGUUAUGUAAAAUGCCUAAAGAUAUCAUGUUGGGAAUUUGUGGAGUUUAUUCGUGGAGGAGCUGCUUAUUCAACUGUAAACUUUGAUUAUUUAACCAAACUUGAACUCCUACUGGACUUGGAAGGGAGUUUGCUUGUAAAGUUCCUUAAAGUUGCUGAUAAUCUUGAAGUCCUUAUUGUUCAUUUGGCGAAGAGAUAUUUGUGUCCGGAGGCUGAACAAGUGCCUAAAUGCCUAUUAUCAUGUCUAAGAACUAUAACAUUGGAGUCGAUGUGGAUCACCGAGUCUGAAUUUGACAUGGUAAGAUAUCUUUUGAGGAAUUCUCGAGUUUUGGAGAGGAUGGAAAUAUUUGUCUCACCUUAUGGAUACAGUGAUAUGGAAACGAAAUUUCAAGCGCUUAAAAGAAUUAUAUUGUUUGAGCGAGGAUCCAGCGCAUGUAAGCUUGUGUUCCUUCCAGAUUGUUGA